AUGGAGGCUGCGGCUUUCGGGGGGGCCGGUGGGCCAGACGCGCUGCAGGAGGUGCCAGGGUGCUGUGCAGCUAUGGGGCAGAGCUGCCCUGGCUCUGUCUGUGCUGCUGACUUUGCCUUCCCCUCCCAGGAGGGUGGUGGGAGCCAGUCUGCCCUGGCCAAGCACCCGCUUUGGACGUGGACACCCCAGGUGCUGGGCCAGAGGUUUCGCAGGCACAGCCCGGCCGGGAGCUCGCCGUCCUGGCUGUGCCGCUGCUUUGGCAGCCGCCGCGGGGCAAGUUCACACACCCAGGCUGUGCUGAGAAGGGAAAGCAUUGGCUUGUGCCCUGUCCUGAGAGCUCAUUUCCACGUGGUCAGCACAGGAGCCAGUCUCUUUGAUUCUGUUGGCAUGGAUGUCAGUUUAAAGAACAUGGAGAGUGAGACUCCAGCCCAGUGCACUGGCCUGAGCUCUGAGGUCUGGGUGGCCCUGGAGACAAAGAAGACUCUUGAAGAAACAUCUAAUGAGAGGCCUACCCAGACAGAGAAGGUGCUGAGCAGAGACAUCUCCCGGGGUUACGAGCGGGUCCCGAUUCCCUGUGUCAAUGCUGUGGACAGUGAGCCGUGUCCCAGCAACUUCAAAUACAUCGUGAAGAGCUGCUUCACCUCCGCAGUGGCCGUUGACAGCAACGUCACUCAUUUACAGCGCUGCGCGUGUGCGGACGACUGCUCCUCCAGCACCUGCGUGUGUGGGCAGCUCAGCGGGCGCUGCUGGUACCGGCAGGACGGCCGACUGCUGCCCGGAUUCAACCAGAGGAACCCCCCGUGUAUCGUCGAGUGCAACCCCAUGUGCUCGUGCUGGCGAACCUGCAGGAACCGCGUGGUGCAGAACGGGCCCCGGGUUCAGCUACAGCUGUUCCGCACACGAGAGAUGGGUUGGGGCGUGAGAACCAUGGAGGACAUUCCAGCAGGAACCUUUGUGUGCGAGUACGUUGGUGAGGUGAUCUCCGAUGCCGAGGCAGAGCUCCGUGAGGACACCUACCUGUUCGACCUGGACAACGAGGCAGGAGACGUGUACUGCAUCGAUGCGCGUUUCUAUGGCAACAUCGGCCGCUUCAUCAACCAUCACUGCGAGCCCAACGUCUUCGCUGCCAGGGUCUUCACAUCCCAUCAGGACGUGCGCUUCCCCAGGCUGGUCUUCUUCAGCGCGAGGGACAUCAGAGCUGGAGAGCAGCUUGGCUUCGACUACAAGGAGGAUUUCUGGGCCGUCAAAGGCAAAUCCUUCAGCUGCAAAUGCGGCUCUGGCAGGUGCAAGUACACGAGCUGGGCGCUGGCCAAGCGCCAGGCGCGCGCCCUGUCCCGCAGCAGGAAGCCAAAGGAGGCCCCUGUCAGCAGCUGGGCGGCAAAGGCUCCACGGCACAGGCACUGA